GCUACCACGUCGUCUUCCAUAGCGACGUCCCCAUUGCCCGCAAAGCUUUGGCAAAGUUUUUGGAAAACUAAAGCCCUUCCGAGGUGCAAAGAUCUUGCUUGGUGUGUGUGUUGCCGUUAGUCUCUAUGGCGGAAAGGAGUGAACAGUGACCCAUCUUGCCCUUUGUGUGGUAACGAGUUUUAAACUAUUUUCUAUUGCAGUUUUUGGUGGAAGCUGAUAGUGAUGUCGUGGCGAGCUGCCAAAUGGCUUCUUGUGCUUUAUGGGAAGCGCAUAACAAGCUCAUUUUCCAGGAGGUUCCGUUUCGUUGUGAGGCCGCAAUUCAGCGGGCAACUUCGAUGUCACAGGUGGAUGUUUCGACGGUGGAUCCCAGUGCUAAUGGUCCGGUGCACGACGCCAUUUGGAGGAGACCACCGCGGGGAGUCUUCAAGGUUAACUUUGAUGGGUCUUGGAAGUCUGACUCGGUUUCUGGUAUAGGAAUGGUGGCCAGGAACCAUGACGGCUUAAUCCUUGCUGCUGCGGCGGAGGUUGUGGAGAGGCCCUCUACGGUAGUGGAGGCGGAGGCCUUAGCUUUCCGGUGGGCGAUUGGUUUGGCUAUUACCCUUGGUUUUAGACUGGUUUUCUUUGAGACGGAAUGUCUCACUCUUUUUCAUAUGUGGAAGAAGCCUCUAGACGGGAGGAACUACUUAGCCACAAUUCUUAGUGAUUGCUUUCAGUUGAGUCGUUCUUUAGAUUUUGUGUAUGUUGUUUUUAUUCGCCGUUCAGGUAAUGUUGUCGCUGACUUUUUGGCCAGGAAUGCCUCCUCGUACGCCGGUUUGGUGUGGAUAGAGGAGGUACCACCUGAAGUCGAUGUUUUUGUAACCGCGGACAUUUUGACUUCAAUGCCUCCUAUUUGAUUAA